CUUGUGAAAAUAUCGAGGGAGCUGAGUGUGGACAGCAAAGGGGAGCUGAAACUCGUCAUUUCUCAAGGAGAAGAUGAAUGAGAGAGGAGGAGAUGCUAAUGGGAGAGGAGCUGUACCUGAAAAGACAAGAGAAGGAUGAAAUCCUCAUGCUCCUGGUGUACGUGAAUGAUAUCCUUCUCUUCUCUGCAUCAACUGCUUUGCUGGACAGCGCAGAGCAGAUGUUGUAGAUGCAGUUCAAGUGCUCCAAGAUGGGUGAGGUGAAGUACUACUUGGGGAUGCAUGUGGAGAGAGAUGUGGAAAAGGGUGUGCUGAGGUUGCACCAAAGGAAGUACUGUGAGGGGCUGGCUCAGAAGUAUGGGCUGCAAGAUGGGGGAAAGCCAGCAACACCACUACCUUUAGGGUUUACUGUGGAGCCAUGUGCUGAUGAGGAGGUAGUGGGUGAGAGUGACAGGAAGCUGUUUCAUUCGAUGGUUGGGUCACUGAACUAUGCUGCAAAUCAUACACGGCCUGACAUUGCAUUUGCUACAUCACGGUUGGCUAGUGUGGUCUCACGCCCUAGUCAUGAGCAGCUGGAAGCGGCCAAGAGGUUGGUCUGCUAUGUGAGUGCUACGGCAUCAGUGGGAUUGGAGUACAGUGGAGUGAGGCAGCGGUUGCAGAGAGGUGCUGCAGAUGUGAAGAGUGGAGAGAUGCUCUUGAGUUGCUAUACUGACGCUAGCUUCAACUCAGUGAAAGCGGAUGGCACCAGCAUUGGGGGUUAUGUGUGCUUGCUAGGAGGUGGUGCUGUGAGCUGGCGCAGCAAGAAGCAGAAUGAGGUGGGAUUGUCCUCAUGUGAGACUGAGUACAUGGCCUUACACCAUUGGGUCAAGGAAGUGGUGUGGCUGAGGCGCUUGUUGGAGGAGUUGGGAGUUGGUCAGGAGGAGCCGACAGUUGUGUUCUGUAACAAUGAGUCUGCAGUGAAGCUGGCCAAGAAUGCUUGUCUGCAUGGGCUGACAAAAGACAUAAGGCCUAAGUGGCAUUGGGUGAGGAGACUCCUUGAUAAGGAGGUGCGGCUAGAGAUAGUGAAGACCCAUCAGCAGGCAGCAGAUAUUUUCACUAAGCGUCUGGCGGAGGCGGAUCAUUGGAAGGGCAUGAAGCUUGCUGGGAUGAGUGUGCAUUGAGUAUGCAUGCUUGAGAUGUUGGUAUGGUGGAUGAUGGUUGGCAGCCAGAGAGGGAGAUUGUUGUGUGAUGUCAUCAUAUGCUAUCACAUUCUGUCUGCCUCCCAUCUCUUGUUUCAAUUCGUAUGUAU